AUGUCUUCUGCUUCUGCCGAGGAGGACGCCGAUGUCCCUGCUGACACCACCAGCGGGCCCUCCCGUCCUCGCCCCGUCCGAUAUAUCAGUCCAGCAGCGCUAAAUCUUCACCGUGUUUACGAACAGAACCGUCAACGAUUACAAAAAAAAGAUGGCGCCAAGGUGCCCGACGCGACAACGCCCCAAACAAAAGGGAGGCCGAGGCUCUUGUUGAUGGGCCAACGAAGGAGUGGGAAGUCGUCCAUUUCGAGCGUGGUCUUCCACAAGCUUCCUCCUACGGAGACGCUGUUUCUUGAAUCCACGGCACGGAUCCAAAAGGAUAGUCUGAGCUCCUUCAUGGAGUUCCAGGUCUGGGACUUCCCCGGGCAGAUCGAUAUUUUCGACAACCCCAAUUUCACCUUCGACAUGGACGCCAUCUUCGGCGAGAUCGGGGCCUUGAUAUGGGUCAUCGACGCCCAGGACGACUACCUUGAGGCCGUCGCGCGGCUGAACGCCACCAUCCUCCACCUGCACCGCAGCUACCCACACAUCAACAUCGAAGUCUUUAUCCACAAAGUCGACGGCCUGAGCGACGACUACCGCCUCGACAUCCAGCGCGACGUGACCAUCCGCAUCCAGGACGAGCUGUCUGACCAGGGCGUCGAGAACGCGCCCGUCAACUUCCACCUCACGUCCAUCUACAACCACAGCAUCUUCGAAGCCUUUAGCAAAGUCAUCCAGAAGCUGAUCCCCCGGCUCGGCCAGCUCGAGGCCAUGCUCACCAACCUCUGCCGCACCUGCCGCUUCGAGAAGGCCUACCUGUUCGAUGUCAACACCAAGAUCUACAUCGCCACCGACAACACCCCGGAGGACAUGGCCAGCUACGAGAUCUGCUCCGACUACGUCGACGUCUUCAUCGACUUUACCGAAGUCUAUGGUUCGUGGCCCCGCUCCGAGCAUUGGCGCGAGCGCCUCGAGGGCGAGCCCUGGGCACAGCCCCUCGACGACCAGGUCGCCUGCGAGUGGGCGAUAUGUCAUAGGCUCUUUCCCUAG